AUGUCACCCACCUUCACCCCUGUCAACAAUACCCCCGGUCACAAGAACGGCACUGCCCUGAAGACCCCUACCAAGAAGACCGGCGGCGUGGCAAUGACCCCUAAAACCCCAACUCCCGCCUCAACAAACACCCACACCCACACCAACAGCAACAAAAAACGCCUCACCCCAUCCUCCCCCACCAGCACCACCACCAGCCCCAACAACAACAAACGUACUAAAGCUCGCACUCCCCUCCCACCCAUCCCAACGACCCUCGCCUCCGCCAGCGCCUCUGACCUCCUCAUCCUCCGUCUCCGGGACGAGUCCUCCACCCCCUGGACCGCCAUCAACCAGGCAUGGACGGAUCUGACGGGGAUUAGUGUGGGCGGGUCGACCCUCCGAGCGAGGUACAAUACCAUGAAGAAGAAUUUUGUGGUGGUCGAUCCGGGUGAUGAAGCAAAGAUCCUCCAAGCUAAGAAAGAUAUCGAGGGACGAUUGGAGACGGAGAAGUGGAAGUUGAUUGCUGAGGAGGUGGGGAAGGUUGGUGGGGGAACUUAUCCCGGGGAGUGUUUGAGGAAGUAUGUGAGGGAGAUGGAGAAGGGGAUGAAGGGGGUUGCCACUGCUGCUGUUGCUAAUGGUGGUGGAGAUCAUGGUGAGGAGAGUGAGGAGGAGGAUGUUGAUGAUGUGAAGAUGGAGGCUGAGGAGGAUUAG